AGCGUGAAGAGGGACGCAGUCGUCUUCAUGGAGACACCCGGCUGGAUCUACGUCGUCGUUACUAUCCUGGGAAUCAUCAUCGCAGUGACUCUGAUUGGCUGUCUCCUCACCGUCCUCGCCAUCUGGACACGCCCAGUCCUGAGGAAGCUGGUCAACGCCCCUCUGGUCAGCCUCAGCUGUACAGACAUCCUCUCUUCCAGCUUCGGCGCCCCUCUUCUGAUCCAUGCUUUCCUGCAUCCCGACUGGGAACCGCCAGGGGCGCUGUGCUGGCUUCAGUCUUACGUCACUAUAGUCCUAUGGGGGGCAUCAAGCUGUCACAUGGCGUGUAUCGCCCUUCAGCGAUACUUCAUGGUCUGUACUAACAGUGUGUACCUAAAAUCCAAACGUGUCCUGUUCAUCAUUCUCUUGCUCACAUGGUUGAUUCCCACCGUUUCAUUUUUGCCCAUUCACGUUGUUGAAGAAGUGAAGGUUCACCCAAAGCUGAAACGAUGCGGUUUGGGAGCAUCUCCAAAUCUAUGGGGCAAGAUUGUGCCAUCCAUUCUCUCUUUCUAUGGCCCGUUCAUAGCCACCAUCACCCUGUACGCGCUCAUUCGUUACCAUGUAAGGAAGAGUAAGAAACGAGUAGGAGCACACUUGGGCAACAGUUCUCCAAACAACGCCGCCGAAAAGCAGCUCACCAGAAUGAUGAUGACACUGUUCUCAGUGUACACAGUCUGCUACAUGCCGUUGAUAACAAUGGCAAUGUUUUCCAGCCGAGUCCCGCGCGAAGCUUUCAUUGUAGGUCAGGUACUGAUGGCUCUGAACGGCGCUCUGAAUCCGAUUCUGUAUGGUCUUAUGAACAGAAAUAUCCGCCAGGGGUAUAAACAUAUCUGGAACAGCAUGCUGAACUACAUCGUCUGA